GGACCAUUUACAAAUCCACGUCUUCUGGACCUUCCUGAGGUGCGACACCUGCAGGCUUCAUGGCUUCAGGUGGAGCAGAGGAGGACGAUGGAGGCAUUCCAUUGGAAAUUGACAACAUGCACAUGCUGCUCCAAGUGGAGCACGAGCAGAUUCAGAAACGAACAUUCACCAACUGGAUAAAUGCUCAACUGGCUAAGAGAUGCCCUCCCUCAUCUGUGUCAGACCUCUUCUCUGACCUCAGAGAUGGAUCACAGCUGCUGGACCUGUUGGAGGUGAUUAGCAGCCAACCCAUGAAAAGACAAAGAGGCCGAGGGGUUUUCCAGCAGAGGGCCAACAUUGAGACAGCACUGAACUUUCUCAAGAGACAAUCUAUCAAAUUGGUGAACAUAAGCAUCGCAGAUAUCAUCGAUGGACGACCCUCCAUCAUCCUCGGACUCAUAUGGACCGUCAUCCUGCACUGUCAUAUUGAAGAGUUGGCCAGCACCCUCUCCUACAGUUCAUGUCAUUCCUCCCUCGAUUCUCUGGCCAGUCUGGACUCCUGGUCUGGCUGCCCAGUCCCAGCUAGUCCGGCCCCCUCAGGCUGGACGUCACCUCUCCACACACGCUUUAGACUAUCUGCUAAGAAGGCCCUGCUCAUGUGGGUCAGGGACCAAUGCCUGAAGGUUGGUUGCUCCAUCAGUGUGAAGAACUUUAAGUCGAGCUGGAGAAGUGGGGAGGCCUUCUUGGCCAUCCUGUGUUCCCUCAGACCACAGCUGGCCGAUCUCUCACUGGUCCAGUUGAGAAGCAACCAGGAGAACCUGGAAGAGGCGUUUCACCUCGCUGAGCGGGAGCUCCACAUCCCCCGUCUGCUGGAGCCCCAGGAUGUUGAUGUGAAAGACCCUGAUGAGAAGUCCAUUAUGACGUAUGUGGCCCAGUUUCUUCAGUACUCUAACGACAUGCCAGCACCCGAUGACCAUCUGCAGCUGUUUCCUCUGGUCCAGCCCUUUCCUCUCUCACCUGUGAACUUGCCCGCUCACUUCACUCCAGCACUCGCUGUCUCACCACUACGUCAGGUCUCUUCAUGUGAGCGAGCACUAGAGGUCACUUCCUGGCUGCAGCAAGUCUACCAAGAGCUGUCAGAGGCACGCAUGGCAACAGAGGAAUCAAGCUUCGCAGACAAAUAUCAUGUGUUUCAGAACCUCGGAGGCUCCUUCACGGAGCAAAGGAGACCAGUGUUGACCCUCCUUGCUGCCAUCAGACGCCGCCCCGAGCUGAGCCUCGAGCAAUGUGCUCUCAGAACGGCGUGGGAUCGUCUGGAAAAGGAGCUGCAACGUUGUAAAGUAGACCUUGACUCGAGCCUUCCUCGUCCUCUGGACUCAGUCGUCGUGUGGCUGCAGCGUGCCGAGGCAGCGCUCACGGAAGAGGGAGGAGGAGUGAAAGAUCACGCAGAUGCUGCGAAAGAAGCGAGAGAGCAACAAGACACACACAAGACUUUAAUUAAGGAGAUGAGCCACUUCGUCAACAUCCUUGAUACCUUCCACAACAUGGAUGACCUCGGAAACCUACUCGUGCCCCUUGUAAAGUUUGAUGAGAUAAAAAGACGCUUGACUGAUAUCCGAGUCACAGCCAAGUAUCAAGGGAUCAAGUUGGAAUACCGGGAAAACCGUCACACUGUACUGGAUCUCUUGGGCCGCAUCAGUGCCAAACUUUUGACCUGGAAAGCUCCCUACGGAUCUCAGGAGACAUUGCUUCUGCUUCUGCAGGACUGGCAUGAAACGGUGGAGCGUCAUUACCUGCUUUUAACUCUAAUGGACGCCCUCCAAAACCUGAAGGAGAAGGCCAAUACUUACACCAGCAAGGCAGCACUGGGUGAAGAUUCCCAGCGUGUUACUCGUCAGGUGAAGGAAGCAGAAAGUGAAGCUGAGCUGGCCACACAGGCCGUGACGGCCGUGAGAGGGAUGAUGGAGAGAGCGCUGUCUGCUUGGGGAACUUACAACCAGUGCCUGACGUCCCUCCAGACAUGGCUGGCCCAGAAGAUACCUUCACACGCACAGUCUCCUCCUGUGGGGACACAGGACAUGAGUGAGAUGACGUCAUGUCAGGCCAAGUUGAACGAGGCGGGGAACGUCCUCAUCGAAGUGACAGAACCUUCAACCAGCCGAGCUCUGGCCGAGCAACUCAGCAAGGUCAACAUGAAGUGGGCUGAAUGCAUGAAGAGGACGAAGUUUGAAGUAUCAUUGGAGCCCAGUGUUGGUCCCCUGCAUCUUCAGAUGGUGCAUUCACUGACCCAGGAGGCCAGCAGACUGCUGAGGCAGCCUCUAGAGGUGGCCUCAGUCCCACUGAAGGCGAACAGGCAGAAACUACAGGUACUGAGUAAAAAGAUGACCGAGAUGGAUCUUUCAUCUCUCAGUCCAUCCCCACACUUUCAAACAAGCAACACGGAGAACCUCCAGCAGAAUCUCCCCCAGAUGCUUGACGAGGCAGGGAGGGCCUGUGGAGAGCUGCAGCGGGCUGCGUCCAGGCUGGAGGGCCGGCUAGCUGAGCUGGACCACUGGAGCACAGAGGCCACGGACUGCUACCAGCACCUAAGGGAGAACAGGCACCGAGGACGCUCUGCAUUGGAAUCUGCAGCCAAGGUGCUGAUCCCUCGAGGUGUGCAGCUGCAGAACCAGGUUGCAUCUGAGGGCCGAGAUCUGCAGGAGCUUGUGGCUCGAGUACAGAAAACCUCUCCUCUGAAGCACCUCGGCACCUCCGGCACGCGGCACAGGAUCUCCGACGCCGUCUCCCACUGCCAGGAGAUUCUUGGCAUGUUUAGUUCCCUUGGGGUUCUGCAACACGUCCACACAGCCCAUCAGACGCAGAGACAGCCAGAGGCAGGGCUAUUUGUUGUGGCCAAAACCAAACUGGUAGAGCAGAUUGGGAAUGUUAUGCUCAGCCAGGACCCAAAUCUGGUUCCACCUGAGACUUCAUCUGAGACGCCUCAACAGAGGGCGAGAGCUGUUCGCGGUUGGCCUGAACACCAGCACGUGAACACACAGGAUGAAUCCACCAUUGAAAUCCAAAUGCUGCCCCGGCCAUCGAGGGAACCGCCGCCUCAUAUUCACUCUCCUCUUGCUCAAACUCUAAAAGAAGUGGCACCUGAGCCCGUGGUCCAGCCUCAGUCACUUUCCAAGUGUCACGCUUCAAUCAGGAGUCGAUGUGAUCAAGUUCUGCCCGCUCCGACGCAAACUCCCGUUGCACUGAAGUAUCAAAAAGGUCCAGUUCUGUCUAAACAUGUGACAAGUCCAGUGCCAGAGGAAGAGGGAAGCUCAUCUUCCUCACAAACAAGUACAUGGAAACCUAGAGGGCAGCCAAACACUGUACGGAGUGCUAAAACAUCUCCACAGCCGCCGGUUAUGAUCCACAGUGAAGUUCACUCAAAAGCCCAGUCGAUGGCGAGGAGCAGACUGGAGAAGGCUCGGUUUCGUCUGCAAGCGCGCAUCCAGCAAGCCAUCACGUUAUUCGGCGGCAAAGAGAUGUCAGAGUCACAGGCCAAGAGGAAACAGAGAGCUUUAAAGAUUCUGCAGCCCGCCAUCCUCCAUGAGUUCCUGGGUGCUGUUGAGGGUUUCGGGGCCUUUUGUUCUGGGUCUCAACUCCAGGACGUGAUGCUCCUCUCUGCCUCAGUCAGAAAGCAGUGGGAGGAUGUAGGCAGAGAAAUGGCCGCUUUUGUUCCCAUCCUGUGGUCUAAGAUCAGAGAGGGAAAGCAUUCCUCUUCUGUCGAGCAAACUAACCCUCUGCACGAAGCCCAUGAGCAGACUGACCCUUUGCUACAGCAACAGGCCGUCGUGGAUGGAGCUGCAUCCUUAGAGGUUGAAUCCCUCCGGGAGCUGUGUGAAACACUAGCACCGGGGCAGUCCUGCCUAGCAACAGAUACACUAAAGGAGUCAGAUGAAGACCAGGAAACACAACCCAGUGACACGGUGCUCCCAUCUGACUGGGGGCGGCAGCCACGGGGAAACAGCUUGCUGGGAGCGACGGGCGUGUCGGCCGCCACACGGCACAGCAACAAUCUCUCGCAACAACAGAGCGUGGCUGGGGGUGCUGCGUCAGUGCGGCCUCGUGGUGAUGUCAUCCAUGUGCAACCCCAGGAUGACCCACCACAAUGUCCAGGCUGCGGGUCGGCGGAAAAACCGAAGCCCUCCUUUCUGGCCCAAGAGCAGCUGCUGAAAGCUCGUCUCCUGCACGUCACAGAGAGCCAGCAGACCCCGGCUCACGUGCAGCUGGUUGUCAGGGGAAACACUGUGGACACCAAGCAGGAGGCCGAGUGGACCGUCAUCCCAGCGUCAGCUGCCCCACAGGAAGAGCACUCCUCCAAACAGGAAGUACUGGAACGGUACAGAAAGGCCUGCUUGGUAUUCCAGUUUCAACUCCAGAAGAACAAGCAGUUUCUUUCAGACACCGUCACCAUCUCCAGCCUGCAGAACCAAAAGAAGCAACUACAGACUCUAAAACAGGAGACAGAGGCACUCUGGCUGGAGUAUGAGCUCCAGUUUACUCAGCGAUCCCAGUUCUCCCAUCAGAUGACCAGGGAAGAUCAGGGUGAUGUGGAAAGAGACUACGAGCAGCUGACUCAGCAGUGGAGAGGACAACAGAUGAGCCUCCAGAGCAGGAUGACGUCUCUGAAGAUUACUGCUGACCUGAUGGUAACGAUCACAGAACAACUGGACCGGAUCAUCAGAGAGCCUGUGGACAUCUCCUCCUCCACCGUGGCUGAUUCCAGACUGAUAUCAGGCUUAAAGGAGAUGGAUGACAGACUGCGGUCUGAAAUGAGAAAGUUAUCAGAGCGAGGCACCGAAGAGGAAACACGGGGGCCCGAAGCCACAAGCCCUUCAUCCCUCUGCCAGGCUUUCCACAACAGUGUCCAUCAUCUUGAGCAGCUCAGACAGCGGCUGGACAAAGUUCAAUCAGCUGUCCAGGCUCUGGAUCACUUCCUGGCCACAGUGAGGGAAGUCAAGGCCGAGAUCCCAAACCUGCUGGCACACCAGGACCCCAACAGACCGCCAAAUGAGGCGGAUUGGGAGCAAGAGACACACUGCUGGCAGGCAGCAGCGCGGCAGAGAGCUCAGAGGCUGCCGGCCGCCGUAAAACAAUCCGAGAGCGUUGACAGCACUUUAAAGGCCGCAGGGAUGACUCUGACCAUGGAUGGUGUAACAGUGAUGUGCCGCGAUGUUGUGACAUCAUUGUCACAGCAAGCUGCGAACGUAGAUGAAGAAGUGAAGAAGUUAUUUCCAAUGGCAAGGGAGCAAAUCCAGGAGUUGAAUCCUCUAGAGAUACGUCAGACAGACACUGGGGUGGAUUCAACACAUCAGGGGGGAGCACCGCGGUAUCCCACCCCGAUGGAAGAGGAGGUGGCGUUGGUGGCCAAAAGGAGAAGGCUGCGAGGAGAUGAUGAUAUGAAGUCACAAAGGGAGGAAGAGCACAAAGCUUUCACACGGAAGUCUGAAGGGGAGGUCUUCAGAGCUGAGGACCAGAGAAGAGGAGGGAGCAGCAGCCAGGUUAAGGAAGAGGGAGAAGAGAAGGGGACUUUUGUCCAGAGGAGAGUUGCCUUGCUUGGCACCCUAAAGGAGAUAAGGGAAGCAGCUGAGCGGCUGAGGUUACAGGAGCCCACCCUGCCGGCUCUGCAGCACAGAACACGUGCGUUGACAGAGCUGGGAAGUCGUCUGGCGGGCUACCUCGCUGUGCUGCAGCGCACACAAGAUGAACCCUCCCGGUCAGGAAGCCCUGAUGGGAGUCAGACCAGAGAGGUGGAGGACGCCUGGGAGGAGGCGACAAAAGCUGUAACCAAACGGCAGGAGCAGUGUUACGCCCUAACAGAGCUGCUGAGGAGGUUUCAGAGCAUGCGGGGGGCGUUGAGUGGGACACUGCAGAGGGCAGAAAGCAUCAUCAGUGAACACGCCUCCUACAUGGGGAAAGACAAUCUGCAGAGACUGCACACCAAGGUGCAGGAAACAAAAGCCGAGCUGAAUGGUCUCGGGGACCGGAUAGAGGAGGUCCGCAGUGUCUGCAGGCAGCUUCACGCUCAUCUGCGUCAGAUCCCAGAAUGCAUCAUCAUCCCAUUUGAGGACGAGGCGGAUGCUCUCAUGGACCGCUGGCUGGACAUAUCAGAGCGAACAGAUUCACACCGAGAGAAGCUUCACCGUGGCCUGACUCUAUGGGAUGGCAUCAUCCAGCUGGGAGCAGAGGUAGAGAGUUGGACCGCCAAUACACUCGCAGUAUUUGCACAGUCUCCGUCCUUCCAGUCAGAGGAAGACAUCAGGGCCUUGCAGAAUGAGAUUGUGACCCAAGAAGAGCAGAUGGAGCGUUUCCACCAAAGAGUCGCUGAGAUUCCGGCCCUGCUUCAAAGCAAAGAGCCUCCUCUGGAGCUGCAGGUCGUGGAGACCCAGAUAAGGAAGAAGAUGAAGCAGCUGAAGGAGCUUGUUUCUGAAGCGGAGGACGUUCACAGGCAGAUGGUGGCUGCUAAAGGACAAAUGACUGCCAGGAUGGCUGAAUGCUUCAACUCCCUCCAGAAGAUUCAAGACUCCCUUCUCACUCUCAGUGCUCCUGAUAUUGCAGCCGUUCGUGCAAAGCUUAAGGAUCUCCACGUUGAGCUCCAGACGCAGGGCGAGUGGGCGGAGAGUCUGCUGCAGGAUCUGCGUGUUAUGGCGUCCAUAGGGAGUCCAGACCUUCGACGGAGUUUGUCUGUAGACGGGAUUCAGCUUCAAGAUGAAGUCAGAAACACCCACCGGCUCUUCUCUGAGGUGGAGGAACGGACUGAGAGGGACAUCCAGGCUCUGGACAGGCUGCAAAGCGAAGCGGAGCACUUGGAACAAUGGUUGCGAGGCGUUGAGGGAAAAGCAGCUGGGGAGGAUGACCUUCGUCUCCUGCAAGAGGAAGCACUUCAACAAAGGGUGAGGACAGACGCCCUGGGUCAGCUGCUGUCGUCCUUGCAGAGCAGCUCGUUCCAGCAGCCUGCUCUGCUGGAGGCCAGCAGCAAACUGUUGGAACGAUACCACAGCUUUCAAACCGACGCCGACAAGCGGAGCUCUCCGAGCGGCGCCGUCGAGCCGUUUCAGACUCGGCGCGGAGUCGCAGAUCUGAGACAAACUCUUGACUUUUCACUUGAGGAAAACCUCGGCAUCCAGAGUCCCGUAGAGCCGAGGCGUCACUCUGCUCGGGCGGUAGUAGGUGUGACGGCAGAGGGGGAGGCUCGCCUCCAAGAGCUCAGAGUUACUGCAAAUCGUCUGAGCCACGGACUGAGUGAUGGAGACGGCCUGAAGCGGGACAUUCAGGGAGGCAUUCAGAAAACAGAGCCGGCGAGGGGGGACCUUCUCCAGCCCGGCCAAUCGGAUCACAGGGUUCCACAAGCUGAUCCAGACCUCACCUCCUCCGACCUGGACCGCAGACAGCAGGCCAGCUGCAGCGUGGAGGAGGAGCUGCAGCACAGAACUGCUCAGCUCCCGACUUUAUUCCCCUGGCCCGGCUUGUCACAGCGCAAACAGACCUGCCAUCGAGCCCGUCAACUGCAGGAUGAGGCUGGAUCCUUGCAGUUAAGCCUUACCGGCCUGGCUGAACAGAGGAGGGAGAUGGCUCCACGAACCAGCGACGCCGGCUGGAAAGAUCCAUCGGUGGCUGACCUGGAGACCCGCUGCUCAUCACUGAUGGAUGAGCUGAAGGGUGUUUGUUCCAGCCUGGAGGAAGGUGUACGUAAUGAGGAACAUUUUGGCCAGUCACUGCAGGACUGCCGCCAUAAAUUGACAUCCCUGCAGGAAAGGAUGUCAGCCUGUCAAGCCCAGAAAGAAAGCUCAGCUGGACGGGUCACUUAUGGCCCGGCUCUGGAGGUUUUGCGACAAGAAGUUACCGACAUAGAAAAAGAGCUUUUACAAAUUGUAACACUCAAGGACUCCAUCACUGCCAGUUCCACAACCGAGGCCCAGACCAGCCUCUCCCAGCAAGUCAGCAACCUCCAAAACCACAAGAGGGCACUAGACUGUAGCAUCACAGGAAUGCUGGCACUGCUCACAGAAAACGACAGCCAGCGAGUGGGACGAGUGAAGGGAGAGGUCUCCUGUGUACAAACAGCUCUGAAAGACCUGGCUGAAAACCUGUGUGGGAACUCUGAAGUGUUGCCUCAUACCAGUCAGCUCAAGCAGCAGUUGUAUACAAUACAGGACUGUGAUGCCAGGCUGGCAGAGUUGGGUGUCAGAGUGUACGACCUGCAGAAGACUGGAGAGGAACGUCUUCCUGCCGAUGUCACUUUGACUGUCGAUGCCGUUGCUAAAGACCUUGAGAGCCUCACGUCCAUCUUUCUAAAAAAGAAGCAGGCGUGUGCAGAGAACACAGCUAACAGGGUGAGACGGGUCAUCGACCAGCUGCAGCAUUGGAGACACACAGUACAAGCUGAACUAUCAUCACCCAGCCAGGCAGCUCUUGACGAGGGGCUGUGGCUUCAACAAGGUCUUCGUGAAGUGCUCACUGAACGAGAUCUUCUUCUGAACUAUCUGGGAACCCAAUUAACAACAACACUGGAGACGAGCGCCUCCGAGGCUCUAAGUGGGAGCACAACUGUCCUCACAAGCUUAUCGAAAUGCCUGGGUACACAAAUCAAUGCAUAUCUUUGUGAAGUGCAGUUGGUCAACGAUUUGCCGGACAGAGUUGUUGAAGAAACUUUUAGAAGUGAAAGUGAUGAACAGUAUUUAGCUUCACCUGAUACAACUAUGGCCACGUGUCCUGCUGCUUCUCCUUUUGCAAUAAACAGCCAGGAAAACUCUGAAAGUGAUCUGAAUGACAAACUCAAAACCAAAGACGCUUUAACUGUCGCUGAUCAAUUCUCAUGCGCAGGAAUCCAAGAUGUUUUCAAAUCACAAAAGUUAUCAUCAGCUCUGCCAAAAACAAACGUAACGACUUAUUGUGUGCCCAAAGAUGAUACUGGCAUAUUGAAUACUGAUCGCAAUCCUUUAAGCAGUGGGCUUAGGACACUUUCUGGAAAUAACACUUUAAUGUCAGACUCGCUUCCUGCUCUCAGCAAGAGUUUAGAAGCUCGGCAAGAGACCACUGAACCCUUUCAGGAAGACAAAGCCUCAACACAGGACUCAAAACUGUCACUUAGAGGCACUGACAAUAUCAAAGAAAGCAAUUCAGCUCACUGUGUCACACCUCUGCUUAGAUCCUCAGCAACAAAGCCUGACAACUUCCGCCUUUCUACCAGUAAAAUUGUGUCUCAACAUCUAGCAGCCCAAUCGGAGACAUUUAAAUCAGUUCCUGAUGAUCAGGAAAAGGGGAAAUCCUGUGAGGACAUCAGUGUGAGGCCAGAUAAAGUGUUCACGACAGUGUUGGACAUGGAGACGCCCGAGUUCCAGCUACAGGACAAUGUUGGAGCCAGAAUACCAGAUGUACUUAAAUGUUCACAGGUUUGCCAAGUACAGCUCACACGUAUUCCUGAGAAGAUAUCUGCAGUCUCUACAACAUUAUCGAGUCUGGAAUUGGAUGAAACAGACUUGAAGAUCCAUUAUACGAAGAGCUGUUUCUUAAAUGAGUCUCAAGUGGCGAACUCACUGCCAGGAAACCCUUUGGCAUUAGUACCUACAAAAUUGAAGGAAAAAAGGUCUGCAAGUGCCAAAAUAAUGUGCAAAGGAAAGUCAGAAAGCGAUGCGUUAAAGCACAAUGAGGUGUUGAGUUCCUCCAAAUCAUGUGGCACUGGAGCUGAAUAUCAGCUCACUGGUGCACUUGCAGAAGAAACUACACUUCCGCAUGUCAAACCAGAGGAGACGUCAGAUUUCCGUCACGCUGAAGAGCAAACAAGGAGCUCAGCCUUGUGCACUGUGGAGGUAGAUGCCUUAAGUGCAGCAGAAAUACCUGCUGGUGACAAUAAACAGCUGACUGUUGCUGACACUGCACAGAGUGCUGGUACAGGACAGCUGGAGAUGGCAGAGGGAGAAAACACGGGAGAGAGACGUGACCCUGACGGCCCGGAGUCCAAACCUUCCACAGCGCCAAGAAGACGAGUCAAAGCGACGCUGCCAUUUGAAAAGAGUCCGUGGGAGGUGCCUGCAUCGCUGGAGGAAACAGAGGUGAAUAAGAGACAGACCCAAGGCAGCAUGGAGUCUGAGAGGACGGGCCCGGGUUCAGCACCUGAUCUGCCGGCUCGGGAGGCGACAGGUGGAUCACCGGAGGACAACAAACACAAGUCCACCAUGCAGGAGGUUUUGUCUGAGAUCCAGAGCUUGGUGGAAAGCAGUAACAUAAUACAUCGGACACCGCACAUUGACUUGAAUUGGUACCUGAAGUCCACUCCUGGUGAAUCACAGAUUCGAUUAGUCCGAACAGUCCAAAGAGUUCUGGCAUGUCGUUAUCAACCAGCACAACUCGAUGUCACCGCAAUGACCAAACAACUGCGGGAGGCAGAGGACUACAGGCGAUGCGUGCAGGACCAAGUGGCGACUAUGAAAAGCACGAGUGAUGCCAGGAUUUGUGAUCCGGAUACCUGGAAAAGAGUUGAAGGACAGUGGAGCGCUGCACUGCUAGAUGCUUCUGCCACAGUGCAGGUCAAAGCAGCACAGCUGCAACAGGUCAAAGAGUAUCACAAACAGAUGAAGAUCACCAGAGCUUUCCUGGAGGUUUUAACCACAGAGAAGGACAAGAUGAGCUUAAGAACCUUGAGAAGCAGUGCUCUUCAAGCUGACAAACUCAACGGCCUGCUGCAAACCAUGGUACAGAAAAAAGACCGGAUGGAAAAGCUCCUCCAGCUAAGUAGCCAAUUCUCGGUCCACUUGAGCAACGCUGAGAGUUUGGGUGCUCUUCCCGCCCAGCUCGGAGACGUCCAGGAGGAAUGGAGGCUUUUAGAAGGAGGCAUCAGAAGAGCUCUGCGACACGCCUCGAGCUCAACCUCUCAAUCCUCUCUUUUGAUCAAAGAGGCCGAACAGCUUAAAGUCAAGCUUGACGCUCUUCGGCAAAUCAACUUUCAAAGCCAUGACAGCAAAAGCGCUUUCGAACUUGUUUGCCUGACCACAGACCUAAAACUGUACAACCAGCUUUAUCUGCACUUACAGUCCCAGACAGAGGCUCUUGUCCAAUUCUCUCUGGGUCAGAAAGAAAAGGAUGAGCUCAAUCGAAGUCUUAAGGAACUUGGGUCCUUGCUAGAUGUCACCAAGAGCAAGUUUGACAUCUCCACAUACAGCUGUGACGGCAUUUCUUCAGCUAAAAUCAACAAGCAAUUACAAGACCUGGUCAUAUGGGCCAAGCAGGCAGAAAACCACAUCUCUGUAGGCAAAAAGUUAGCCCUUUUCCCAGAGGAGGCUCGUAUCCAGAUUGUUGAGAUGAGAAAAUUCCGAACAGAUAUUUGGUUGAGAAGAUCCAAGAUGCAAGUCGAAGCUGAGCUGAUGAAAGCUGGAGUCUCUGAUAUGGAACAUGAGGAAAGUGAUCAAAUAUUAAAGACAAUAGAAGAGCUGUAUGAAGCCAUUGCUAACAGCUUGGAUCAGGUUCUUGAUACCAUGCAGAAAGAUCUGCAGGAGAGGGAGAAACUAUUAUGCCGGCUAGCUAGCAUUGAUGCCUGGCUAGCAGAAACGCAUGCUAAAAGAGACCCCUGCGCUCAUGUUGACGAUGUUUCAACAGCUGAAGUCAGAAAGCUGGAGAGCGAGCUAAAAAGUCACAAAUUAACUGCAGUCGAGAUUGAGGGUCAACUAAAACGGGUGGAAGCAAUAACUGACAGUUGCAGGGAAAUAGCUGUACGGUCCAGUCCAGGAGAGAGCCGCUACCUUGUCCACCGACUGUCCGGCCUUUGGACAGAAUUAGACGGGUUGCUCGCUCACGAGAAAGCGUCUAGCUGGGAAUUGGAAGAGCUGAUUCAUGAGCUAACCACUUCCAAUGAGGAGAUAUCGACCAUCCAGGCUAGCUUAAAUCACAUUUCUAGUUAUUUGGCACAGCAAAGAUUCCCUUUAACACAGGAUACCCUGUCAACAAUUGCACAAUUGAAGCACAUGCUAAUGGAACAUCAGUGCCAAGUACAAGGACUGAAGCAGUGCCAGGAGGCAAGGAGAAGCUCCAUGCUGUGCACUAUUGGGGAACUGCAAGACCAAUGCAAAGCACUUAGUAUUAAUGCUGUUGAGCAAGACAAAUAUCUGCACCUGAGGAGACAAAUGGAGGAAUCUAGGGACAUUGCUAAAGAGCAAAUCCUGCGUGCCAAAGACACAACCAUCAGCGUGGUUGAGAGGGUCAUGCUAUGCCAAUCACUCUUGGUUGAACUUCCUUUGUUGAAGACACAGUGUCAAGAAGUGGCAGACCAGUUGGAGGCCAUAGCUCAGGAGUUGGAACCAUCUGAGCUAAACCCGGAGAAGCAGAGGAUUCACCACGCUGUGGAAACGUUGGUCUCCUGGGAGCAUUCUGUCACUGAUGAGACCAAAAACCUAGAGGCCGAGCUUUUGCCAGGCCUGGAUUUUUCUUCCGAACGUCUUGCCUUAAUAGAGCUUUUCCAAACAACAAGAGUGGAGCUGGAGGGACUGGAACCAGUAAAUCCAGAUGAAAAAGCCAUAGAUAUUUCACUAAUAAGGAAUUGGAUUAUUUGGAGACAUUUGGAGUCUGGGAUGCGGGUGUUGGAAGGUCUGGGACGGAAAGAAAAAACGAGCCUGAAGAACGACAAGGAACUGCACUCUCACAGAGAUGCAACCAUGCGAGAGUGCCAUUUACGAAUGGAGAGUUUAUGCCAGGCGAGAGAAUCCUUGAAAGAUUACCAGUGGGCUGCUCAGGGAGCAAUAGGCUUCCUCCAUAAUGCUGAAGCCACCUUCUUAUCAGCUCCUGGAGGCUUUUUGGACUGUACUGAGGAACAAAGACAGACGCAGCACGCUCUGGAGGCUCUGGAAGAUGGGUUUCAGGCCCACAUCUGCCACCUUGUGGAUCUGGUGCCCCAACAACCCUGCCUGUCCCGCCCAAAGACUGAGCAGCUGCACAUCAGCAUCCUCAGCCAGUUGUUGGUGGGAAGAGCCAUACUGGAGGCCCAAGCCCAGCUCACGCUGGAGUCCUUGCAGAGAUGUGAAGUCAGACAACAGAGCCACAGGAAGUUCCAUGAGGACAUACGUCAGCAUCUUUCAGGGCUUGAAGCCCAGCUUUCAGAAUGUGCCACGGAGCAAGUGACGUCGUUCGACAAAUGUAUUGCCCAACAAAAGAGAGCUACGCUCCUGAUGGAAGGUCUUCGCAGCCUCACAGCUAAGCUAGAAGAACUGAGAGCUGUGUGUCCUGUGCAGGGCUGUGGGGUUGGGAAGGACGGGGAGCUGGGCGCCCUCUGGAGGCGCUGGGUAUCAAUACGCCGUGGUGUCGGCCUCCUCAUGGCCCACACAGAACAGAGAGGAGAGGAAUGGAAGGACAUCACCAUAAGUAUGGCGCAGUGCUGCAGCCUUUUGGCCAAUCUUCAGUCCGAGGUUCCCGACUCCUCCACCGUGAGCUUCACUCAAGAGGAACCGCUGGAGCUUCUGGCUCAGGCGGAGAUGCACCAGGCUGCGCUGGAGCAGGGGCAGCAGGCCUUAGUCUCCCUGGAGCAUCGACUGGAGCACGCCCUGAGUUUAUCUAGUUCCUGGGAGCCCGUCAGCCCUGGACCUUUUGGCAAAACUCUCGUGAAGAUCCAAGAGAAUGUUAAAAGCUUGAAAGAGAGAAACCUGCUGGUGGUAGCUGCAGCUCAGGCAGAGGCGAAGGAGAGACAGCAGGUCCAAGUGGAGAUAGAAGAGUUGGAGCAACACAUGUUCACGCUUCUUCCCUCACUGGAAGCCUGUUCAAACCCAUGCAAGCAACAGGAGCUCAGAAAGGAGUUGACCUCCCAGAAAGCCAAACUCAAGUGUAUCAUGGACGCCGUGCAGAGCCGGUAUGCUGAGAUACCGGCUGGUAUCAGCACACGGUUACAAGAAGUGCAGCUGUCUCUACAAAGAGAGGAGGAGAAGCUCACGGACAAGAGCAACCCAGUUCGGAAGCUUGCUAGCCAAGUGGCAGAGUUGGGUUCUGGCCUGGAAAAAGUGAAAGUGUUACUGGAGCAAAGGAGUCCAACAGUCAAAGAAGCUCAACAUGUCCUCAAGGACGUGUGGGAUGAGCUGGAUGCGUGGCGCUGCCGCUUGAUGCUGCUGGAAAGCGAGGUGCAGGACCUCGCGGAGGAUCAUCCUGAUCAAGCCCACCUGCUGAUGGACCAACUCACCCAACCGCUGCAGCUUUACCAAAACGCAGCGCAGAUCACCGAGCAACGCACCGCCUUCCUCGGCAAGAUCCCUGACUAUCUUCAGGAGUUUGAAGACAUUCUGCAUGGCGCCACCUGCUGGUUAGAAGAGGCCCAGUCAUGGCUCAGUGCUCCAUGCUCCUUCCCAACAGCCAGAGGCCUCCAUCAUCAUGCAAGCUCCCUGCAGCUGGUCCUGGAUGACUCUGAGAGGAUCAGACAUACACUGCAGAACUUCGGACCCGUCUUGGAUGAGAUAUCUGCUGUGUGUGACAUCAGCACCCACAAGGAGAGGGUGAACCAGAAUAACCAACAAGUCCAGAUAAUGCAACGCAAGAUCCUCGCGCCGCUGGAGCAGCUCCUGAAGGCUGUCGGGGUAGUGGAGGCAAUGGAAGCAGAGCUGAAGACCUUAGAGAGGAACGUGCCCAAGAUCAGAGCGAUUCUAUCCUCCGUGGACAACUCGCACAUAACUCUGACGGAGCAUCUGCACCACCGACAGGUGAUCCUGGCCAACGUGCAGUCCAUGCGGCGGUCGUUGGAGGAGAUGGAGAGAUGCAGAGGAGAGCUUCACCUCCCUCAGGGAGCAAAGGAGAGCCUGCUGGUCUUCUCCAAAUCCAGACUGGUCCUGCAGCCGCUGGAGGAGCUGGAGCACCUCACCCAUCAACAAGCCGCUCUGCUGGAGAACAAGAUGAGGGAGGAGAAAGAAACAUGCCCGGGUCUUGUCUCUGGUGGUCCUGAAGAAGUACAUCAGCUCGACAGAUCUCCACAAAGAUGCUUCGCCCAGGAGGCUUUUGAAGUGUCUCAUUCAGAGGAAGAGGAGGAGGAGGAUGAAAACAAGAGCUGUCACUCGUCGUCCUCUGAUACGCUAACAUGCAGUAUUCCAGAGGACCCGGAGGAGACACUCGCCGCCUCAGAUGAGGACGUUGCAGAACUUUGUCUGCUUUCAGAAGUUAAGGCGCUGGAGAGUCUGGCUGGCCUGCUUUCCUCUGAAGUGAAGACGAGCUCUGAAGGUGCUGAAACCGCCGGGCUUUUAUCUGAGAUCCCGAGGCUUCAUACAACAGAGUCUGAAACAGAAAAUUAUGUCAGUGGAUUAAUAACAAUGGAUCCCAUCGUUGGCGAAGCAUUGAGUCAUGAAACCGUGACAAUCGAGCCACUCGUCGCUGCAGCCAGUCGAGCAGUAGCUGCCAGACUGGACUCGCGUGGAUCACCAAAACAGGAAGGGCUUGGCAUCGACCCUCAUGCAAAGUCCCUUCAGGCUGCAGUGGAACACACAACACUGAUUCCUGCAAGACCUAAAACUCCAUGUUCUGCCACAAGAGCAUCUGAUGGGUUUACAGAGGAUGCAGACGCACAUCUGUUUUUGUCUACAGCUCCACAUCUGGAUACUCUCAAUGUGUUGAAGGAGCGGAGAGAAGUCGGCGCCGGUCAUCGUGGUUGGCUGGACGACCGUCAUCAAGCCGAGGACUCGUCUGAGAAGCCGAUCAGCUCGGCUGGACAGGAGGGAGAUGACGAGGAGCAGCUGAGGUGGAGUCGACUUAAAACACACAUCUCCCAAAAGCUGACCACUUUGAAAGGAAUUAAGGAGGGGCAUCAAAUCGGCCCAGAGGAUGGAGGCACCCACGAAAAGGACCCAGAAAGGGGGCUGACAUCACCCGGGUCUGCUUCUGCUGUUCUCCAGCGGACACGAGAGUCCAUCACCAUGAUGAGACAAAUAGUGAGCUCUCCAGGUGUGAAUGAGGGGUUGUAUGAGGCUGCACGGACGGUCCUCCUCUGUCUGGACGCUUCGACUGACCUCCUGUUAACUCCUGGUGAAGACGACCCCCAGCUGAGGCUGCUACAGCAGGAGUGUGUAUCCACUGAGCUGGGGACUCUGUGUGAGACGUUGAGGAAAGUGGAGUCGGCGACCAAAGCUGCGCUGUGGAGGGAAAACCCAGAAGCUCUUCGCUGCUGGACCUCCCUUCAGGAUUGUUUACAGAUGGUCCAGCUGGUCUCCGCCUCAUCCCACAACCAGCUCACCGAGCACCUGGGACACGCAUACCAACAUCAGCAGCAUGCCUCCAUCCAGCUGGGUCAUUUGGACGAGUUUGAACUGGGACUGAGUGAGAUGUUCCCCAGCAUUAAGGAUGCUCCCAUUCUGGAGCAGUGUGUGCUGGGCCGACAUCAAAGGGAGAGUCCAGGGGUGAAAGCCAAGCUCCAGCAAGCCUCCUGGUCCUUACUUCAGGGGAUAACUCGCCUCUUGGAGCUGGGUGAAGAAUGUGUAACAGAAGGGCAGACGGGCCAUGUUCACAACUGCAGCCAACUUCAAGCCGUUCUCUGCAGACACAAGAAGCUCCUGCGGGUCCUCAGGUCUCAGUUGGCUUUUGUGCAGCAUCUAUUCCAACGUGAGCCAAAAGCACUCGAGUGUCAAGAGGACGAGCGGGUCCAGCUGGGAGUCAGAGCCAAAGCUUUGCAGCAACAGGCUCUGGAACAGGAAGUGGCUUCUCAAAGGAGGAUCCAGGGCUGGACCCGCUGGGAGGAUCAAUUUGGUCGUCUUGUCGGGCUGUUGGAUAAUUUUGAAGCCUUCAUCAGCAGCGGGGAACCAGAGGGAGACAACGAGAGGUUAGCACAGCACCGACAAGCUGCCUGCCAGCAAACACUGGUCCAGCUGGAUGACAGCAGAGCUGCUUUAGGACUGCUCCUGGAUCAGGGGAAGGCGCUGCACACGGAUCCAGAGUUCGCUGCCAGAGUUGGUCACGCAGGAGGCGCUCUGGAGCUGCGAUGGCUCAGCGCCUACAGACGCACAGAGCAGGAGAGUCGACGCUGCAGAGACAUCCAGCACAGCCAGGAGAGAUUCCAGACUGACUUUUCCUCGGUCAGCGAUUGGCUGGUCGGUGCCAACAAACACCAGAAGAUUUGGUCAGACCUGGCCGACACUUCAGAUCUGAACCAGGAGUGCAUAUGCAACAAUCUGAUGAAGCUGCUGGACUUCUCCGUGGAGAUUGAAGCCAUGUCAGUCCAGAGGGCGUCUGUAUCCAGGGAAGCCACUAAGCUGCUCCACCUGAGGGAUGCUGAUUGUCCUGGGCUGAGAGCUCAGCUCGCCCAGCUGGAGGGCCGCUGGACCCAGCUGACCUCUGACCUGUCCACAGUACAAGACCACCUGCAGCAGCGGCUGCUGGCAUCGUGGCCGCCGGUGAAGCUGCUGCCUGACCUGGAGGACUGGCUGAAGAAGCUGGAGGCUCGGCUGAACCAGGAGAAAGAAACAUUCCUGAAGGCCAAAGAUUCUGCUCAGAUCACUGAACUCCUGCAACACCACCAGGAGCUAAAGACAGGCAUGGUCAAUGGGCUGCUCCUUCUGGACUUCCUGUGUCAGUCUGGGCCUCAGGCGGGGGGACUGGACCUCCGAGCUCUCCGCUCGGAACGUACAAUGUUUGCAGAGAAACUCGGAGACCUGAGACGACAGUGGCUGCAACUUCAGGGAGCGCUGCAGAGCCAGACUCGUGAAGCUGAACAGAUGCAUCACACGUGUGCAGACCGAGAGAGGCGUCUACAGCGUCUCCACAGCUGGAUAGAACGGCAGAAAAAGCAGCUGAAUCAAUGGAAACAGCCCACCAGUCAAACUGUGGCCCGUGAGGCUCUUCUGGAGAUGGAGGCUGUUCUGAGCAGAGUGACGGAGGUGUCUGCAGCGCUGCAGGAGUUGACACUUGUAAGAGUGCAUGUUGAAGAGGAAGAGGAUCACCCUUGUGAUGUCGCUUUCUCUGGCUGGACAGAGAGUGUGUGUCAUGCUUGCGAGGAUCUUAGUAAACAGAUGGAAGCCGUGCGACCAGCUCUUCAACAGACUCUGGAGCAGUGGCGUGGUUUUGAGAGCGAUCUGAGGGAGGUAUCGCUGCUCACCACUAGGGUGCGCUGUGCUCUUCAGCAUCAGCCUCUGUUCUCACUGAAGCAGGCAGAAGAACACGUGGACCUCCUUGAGCAACUCCUGGAGAAGGCCAGAAAAAGAGACCAUAUUUGGGCAUCUGUGGACAAAUCCUAUCAGAGUCUCGUGAAGACUCUUCACCGUGGGACAGCAAAGGCGCUGGAUGACCACAUGAGUGGGGAGCGGAAACGGUGGAAGGACGCGGUGCAGGAGUUGAAGUGUGAGCGCGUGAGGACCGGAGAGACAGUUUCUCUCUGGCAGGAAUACACUCACCUGUCUGAUCGAUGCUCCCUUUACCUGCAAACACUGGGGCGUCAGUGGGAUGAGCUGUGCAGAUCUUCACCUCAGCAGGAAACACAGGCCGUGGUUCACUCGGUGGAGAAGUUGCAAAAAGCUGCGGAGGAUUUGCAAAGCAGUGUGGGAGAUGCGCUUCUGGCUUGCAAGCCUCUCAUUGAACGGCUAGACCCACUGGCCACAAGUUUAAUCCAAUCAGACACCAGACUGCUGUCCCGUGAAGUCCUGCUGCUGAACAAGGCGAUGUCAGGGACGAGGAGAAGUCUUCAGGAAGAUUUGGAGCAACAAGAACUAUUUCAUACUGGACUGGAGGCCCUUGAAAAGCAGACACGGAGCACGCAACAUAAACUUUUGAACAAGUUCAAUGAUACAGACUCAAUGAAGCAGGUUCUCUUGGAGCUCAGUGAUCUGUUCCCGUCACUGGUUGACGUUCGGGAGAUGAGUUGUCAUGUGACCCUUAACAGCCAUGAGACGGAGAGAUUGCACAUGCUCAGCAAGAAAUGGGUUGAAAGCAUGACUCACACAUCUAACAUGUACAGAGAGCUGCAGGCGGAGCGUCAGCGUUCCCAGAACUUCCCGGAGAAGUGUAAGAGCCUGACAUGUAUCCAGAAGAUGCUGGAGGAGGAUUCAAUCUCUCAAGAGACUCAAAGUUUCUCCAGCCUCCAAGACAUGCUGGCUGUCCAUAAGAGGAUUGAGACUGAAAUCAUGAUUGGAGAUCAGCUUGUGCAGAGUCUUCUCUGUCAUGCAGUUGAAUCCAUGGAAACCGAGACGGGAGAGAAAAGAUCUGAGCUCAUGGCACAAGUGACCCACAUGAGGGAGAGCUGGGUCAACUCGUUGGCUUUGGCUGGUCAGCGCAGGUCCUUGACAAAAGAACAACUGGGCCAGUGGAGCAUCUACCACCGUGGCACGAAACUUUUGUGGAGGUUGUUGAGGGAAGUUGCCCCUUUGCUGCCCCCUGCUGGACCUGCUCUGUGUACUCUGCAUCAGCGACGAAGCUGCGCGGAUGAUUACCAGUGCGUUAAAGACGCUCUGGCUCUGCACUCCGCCGUGUACACCCAGACGCUGGGGGCCGGCAAACAUUUAUGUGAAACCAUGACUGGGUCGGAGUGUCAGAGCCAACUGCAGUCGCAGCUUCAGGCCAUGCAGGAGGCCUGGGAACGCACCACCUCCCUGCUGGAGAGGAGGGGAGCUCUGGUCAGCACAGCUGUUCAGAAGAAGUGGGCUCAGGGUCAGGACACGGUCACCGGUAUCACGUCUGCACUGGACGAGCUGAACACGAUGCUGAACCAGCCGCAGGACUCUGUUCAGGAGACGGAGCUCCUCCUGCAGCGUCUGACCGCUGGAUUUAGGGAAUCGGCCACCAUGAAGACGGACCUGUCCCUGUACGUGGCGGCCGGUGACUCGGCUCUGCUGGAGCAGCAGCUGGAGCAACUCCACGGUCAAUGGGAAGAGCUGUGUAUGAAGGUAUCCUCGCGCAGACAAGAAAUUGCAGACCGCCUCAACGCCUGGACCAUCUUCAACGACAAAAACAAAGAGUUCUGUGACUGGCUGACUCAGAUGGAGAACAAGGUGUGCCACAGUGGAGAGCUGAGCAUCGAGGAAAUGGUGGAGAAACUGAAAAAGGACUGCAUGGAGGAAAUCAACCUGUUCAGUGAGAACAAAAGCCACCUGAAGCAGCUGGGGGAGCAGCUGCUGCUCGCCAGCGACGAGGCCAAGCAGACGAAGGUCCAGGGCUCGCUGCAGGAGGUCAGCCAGCGGUGGCACAACCUCUUCCACCAGAUCGAAGCCAGGGUGAAGAAGCUGAACGAGACUCUGGUAGCAGUGCAGCAGCUGGAUAAGAACAUGAGUAAUCUCCGCUCGUGGCUUUCCCGCAUCGAGUCCGAACUGUCCAGACCCGUCAUCUACAGCGUCUGCCAGCACCAGGAGAUCCAGAGGAGGCUGGCUGAGCAGCAGGAGCUGCAGAGGGACAUCGAGCAGCAUACGCGCGGCGUCGCGUCCGUGCUCAGUCUGUGCGACGUCUUGCUGCGCGACGAAGACGCCGCCGGAGGCUUCGAGCCGGAGAGCGACUCCCUGCAGGAAACCAGCCACAGCCUGGACCGCCGGUGGAGGGCAAUAUGUGCCAUGGCUUUAGACAAGAGGCUCAGGAUCGAGGAGACCUGGAGACUCUGGUGCAAGUUCCUCGACGACUACUCGCGCUUUGAGGAUUGGCUCAAGAUGGCCGAGCGCACCGCCGCCAACCCCAACUCUGCCGACGUCCUCUACACCGUCGCCAAGGAGGAGCUCAAGAAGUUCGAGGGUUUCCAAAGGCAGGUUCAUGAGCGGCUGACCCAGCUGGAACUAGUCAACAACCAGUACCGCCGCCUGGCCAGGGAGAACCGCACCGACCGGACCAGCCAGCUCAAAGCCAUGGUCCACGAGGGCAACCGGCGCUGGGACGACCUGCACCGGCGAGCGGCCGCCAUCCUCCGCAGACUCAAGUACUUCACCAGCCAGAGGGAGGAAUUUGAAAGCACCAGGGAAAGCAUGCUGGUGUGGCUGACCGAGCUGGACCUGCAGCUCACCAACGUGGAACACUUUUCAGAGAGCGACGUGCAUCACAAGAUCCAACAGCUCAAUAGUUUCCAGAAGGAGAUCACGCUGAACACAGAGCGCAUUGACGGGCUGAUCGUGUUUGGAGAGGGUCUAAUCCAGAAGAGCUCACUGCAGGACGCAGCGCUGAUAGAAGAGGAGCUGGAGGAGCUGCACUCCUACUGCCAGGAGGUUUUCAGCAGACUGGUCCGCUUUCACCAGCGCCUCAGCCAGCCGCCGGCGAUCAGAGAAGAACCGGAGCUCUCUGGUUCUGCCUUUUCCUUGGCGUCGAGCUUGGAGCUGAUUGGACGACCUUGGCUUGGGCGGGGCCAAGGAAGCCUCCCGGCGACACCCACCCGCCUGCUGGCCUCCCCACUGGAGCGCUCGGGGCGGGAAACCCCGGUGAGCGUGGACUCCCUGCCGUUGGAGUGGGACCACACCGGAGACGUGGGAGGGUCUUCGUCCCAUGAGGAUGAUGAGGAGGAGGGUGAAGAACAUGAAGAUGACAGAACUUACUUCAGUGCACUAUCAGAGGUGGAGUUGACUGAGAGCCAGGAGGAGUUUGUCGAAGCCCCGGAGGCCCUACGAGCCUCCUCCCUGGUUUCGAGCAUGUCCAUGGCUGGACACGAGUCUCCGAGAUGGCGACCGCAGGGAGACACAGAAACCCCGCUGGACCCCGAGGCUGCCCCCACCCUCACCAGCACCCCGACAAAGCAGGGCUAUUUGCGUCUCAUGUCUGAGUGCAGCGGCAGCAUCGAGGACAUCAAGAGAGUCUCGCUGAUCCUGGAUGACGAAGAGCAGCCGGGAGACCUCGGGCUGACGGGGCUGACUGCCUCGGACAAACAGUCGGGCGUGAUUGAGCGCUGGGAGCUGCUGCAGGCUCAGUCCAGCGGCCCCCACGAGGCCCGUCGUCUCACGUCCGUCCUCGACGACGUCGCUUCCUGGUUGGAGAAGGUGACCCCGGAGCUGGAGCGCCUCCAGCAGUCUGACCCGGCAGCCGGCAUCGAGGAGCUGGCGGCCAGAGCCACAGAGCUAAAGGAGAUGCAGAGGACGUUUACUCGCUACAAGUCCAUCAUGCUGUCGGUCAACCUGCGACCUCAGGAAGCCACGGAGCAGCGGGAGAGGCUGGCCGGCGUGAACCGAGCCUGGAGCCGAGCGCGGGCCGGCCUCUCGCACUGGGACUCCCGGCUGAGGGGAACGCUGACGCGCUGCCAGGAGUUCCACCAGACCCUCCACUCCCUGCUGCUGUGGCUGGCCCACGCCGAGAGCAGGCGCCACGCCGUGGACCUCCGAGACCCAGACACGCCGGACCACGCCCUGCGGCAACACGUCAGCACGCUCACCGAGCUGCAGAAGGAGCUGCGGGGCCGGCAGACCCAGCAGGCGUCCUGCCAGGCGCUGUGGUCCCAGCUGCAGCCCGGGGACGAGGCGGAGGGGUCCGACGAGGCCCAGGAGAAGCUCCACGUCACCGGGAGCAAACUGAGGAUGCUGCUGGGCCAAGUGGACCAGGACCUCGGCGCUCUUCAUCAGCGUCUGGAUUGUGAAACUGCAUCAGCCGUCCAACGCCGAAGCACAAAGACGGGUUCUUCUACUCAAAGAGAGAGGAAGGACUCGCCCCCGCCUCGCUCCUUCUUCUACAGGGUCCUCCGAGCUGCCUUCCCCCUGCACCUCCUCCUGCUGCUCCUCCUGCUGCUCCCCUGUCUGAUUCCCCAGUCAGAGAGCGACCCGGGCUGCACCGGGGCCAACAACUUCGCCCGGUCCUUCUACCCCAUGCUGCGCUACACCAACGGCCCGCCGCCCACCUGACGGAGACGUGCUCACGGAGGAGAUACGGAGGCUGAGAGCAGGAGGAGGACCAGGAGGAGGAGCAGGAGCCUCUUGAAUUCAUUUCUACAGUUGGUUCAGGUGCUGAUGAAGUGGUCGUCUUCAAAAGAAAUGUUCUUCAGGGGUCAUUGAACAGAUUUUAUUCAUUUCACAAACAAAAUAUAAAUUAGAAGUCACAUUGUAGAGACUGUAAACAAGUUCCCGUUAGAUUUUAUGAACUGUUAACAUUUAUUUGUAUCUUUCAAAAGAAAUCAUGCAUAAUUAUGUUUAUGUUAGACUGAACUGAAAAGUUUAUUUUAUAUGUCAACGGCACUUGUGAACAUUUUAAUAUUAUCUUUAUGAAGCCAACCAUUUAAAAAUACGGCACUUUUUUAUACAUUAUUGCAUAAACAUAUAAUUGUAAAGGCUAUUUGACUUGACUGAGCAGACUUGUUGAAACACUGAAGAUUUAGCAGAAAAGUGGAUGUAAAAAAUUAUAUAUAAUGCUUAUUUAUAACAUCAAAUGGUUGAUUUAUGCUCCUAAUGUUCGCUUGUCUGAAUGUCUAGAAUGAUGAACAAAUAAAUGUGUACUUUACAAACGGA